AUGGCAGAAGCAGUGGGGCAGAAGGCCCCUGGCUGUGGGGCUGAGAGGAGGCUGCAGAUGAAAACUAGAGCUACACAGUGGUCUUUUACACUGGACAAUCACAGGGGUGAGGGUGGUGGUCAUUCUGAAGAAUUGGAACCCUUGAAGCCAUCAUCCUCAGAAAGGAAACUUGAAGUUGUUGAACAUAUUGACUCUGGUGAUGGACAGUUUGUGGAUGAAUCUAUAAAUAAAUUUCAGUCAGAUAAAAAUUCAAAUAAUCUUGUUAUGGAAAGCUUCAGUGAAGGAGAAAGACUACAUCGGAUUGUGAGCUGCACUGCUUGUGGACAGCAGGUGAACCAUUUUCAGAAGGAUUCAAUAUAUAGACAUCCUGCACUAAACGUCCUUAUUUGUAAGAACUGCUACAAAUAUUAUAUGAGUGAGAACAUAAACUGCAAUUCUGAAGGAAUUGGUGAGCAGUGCAGAUGGUGUGCAGAACGUGGAAACCUAAUUUGUUGUGACUCUUGCGAUAAUGCUUUUUGCAAAAAAUGCAUUUCCCGCAAUCUAGGGAAAAAAGAAAUAUCAAAAAUAAUGGAUGAAAACAAUCAGUGGCAGUGCUAUAUUUGCCACCCAGAACCUUUGUUAGAUUUGGUUGCAGUCUGUGACUGUGUAUUUGAGGAUAUAUCACUUUUGAGGCAACAGAAUAAAAAGAAGCUAAAGUCUGCAAGUGAAAAGAGUGGUAAGACAUGUAACCAUCCACCUAAAUUCUACUCCACCACAAAAGAAGAAGAAAAACCUCAGUUAGAUGAUUUUCACUCAGAUGCUGUAACACAUUCUUUUUCAUCAUUAAUGGUUUCAAAAGACUUGAUUACAAAGACUGAAACACUACUUGAGAACACUACAGUUAUGAAGUCUAGUUUUGGACAUUUUCAGAACAAAUAG